AACCCGCUCUGGAGUGAAACUUUUGGCCGUAAAUCCGUCGCUCCACCUUAAGCGCACACGCAAACGCAGGAGGCGUUCAUCGAGGUUUCCGCUUCUCAGUUGGGGCUCGGACCGCGGCUCGCGAAAAAGCAGCCGUGUGUAGCGCACAAGGUUGACGCACCGAGGAAAGAUAAAAGGCAACCGGGAGGGAAAAGCAAGCGAACCAGCCGAGCGGAAAAAAAAAAGAUGUCUGAAUCCAAGUACCGCGAGUGGAUCCUGGACACUAUCGACUCGCUGCGGUCGCGGAAAGCCCGGCCGGACCUGGAGAGGAUUUGCCGAAUGGUCCGGAGGCGACACGGGUCCGAGCCCGACCGAACCUGCGCGGAACUGGAGAAACUGAUCCAGGAGCACACGGUGCUAAAAGUUAACUACAAGGGCUCCAUUUCGUACCGAAACGCCGCCAAGGUCCAGCGGCGGAGCAGAAAAAAGGACGAUGUGACGCUGGCGGCGGCUGCGAGGCGGAGCGCGGUGGAAGAAGCCAGUCAUUCGGACUUGAGCAACGGGGACAGCGCGCUCGGUCCCGUGGACCAGGACGAGGAGGAUUUGGAGGCGGACACCUCAAUGGUUAUGGACACUGACAGUAACGCAGAUGAGGAGGGGGCUGAUGACAGCCAGGACGGGCAGAACGGGCUGAAGGGGGUGAACGGGCAGAACGGGCUGAAGGGGUUGAACGGGCUGAACGGGCAGAACGGGCCCUCCGGGCCCUCCCCAGGUCUCACGCCAGACAGUGCCGCUGCGCGAGCCGCCUCUGCCCCCUGCUCUCCCUCUGGCACUCGGCCUGGCCCCGGCCCCGGCCCAGAGUCCGGCCCCGGCUCGGCGCUGGACUGUGUCCCUCUCCAGAAGGCCGGUGAGAGGCCCAGCUCCUUGCCCCCCUCUAGCCCCAGGGCCCUCGCACACAAUGACUGGGCUUAUGAUUCUGCUGUCUGCCCAGCGGAGCGCCAGCACCCAGGAAUGCAGAGAGACAAAGAAGCAGCCGUGAAGCCGGCCGUCCCCUCCUUCACUACCAGCCCCUGUGCUUUAGAGAACAACACCAAGAAAGAAGAUGGAGGCAAGGUGGAGGAGGACCGCAGGCCUUCAUCAAACCAGUUGGUACCAGACCUUGCAGCAAAACUGGACGAGAGCAGCAAUGUAUCCGAUGGACAGCCACAGACACUGUCUUUGCCAUCUGACAACUGCACAUUUAAAAAGAAGAUGGACAUAUCACCAUUUACAGCAACUGAAGAUGUUCUUCUGAACGGUGGUAAAGGUGAUGAAAUUUCUGUGAAGAAGGAGAAGAUGAGCCAGAACUUGUUGCAGUGGACUGUGACAGAUGUUGCCAGUUACUUCUCAGCUGUGGGCUUCCCAGAGCAGGCUUUGGCGUUUCGAUCACAGGAAAUUGAUGGGAAGUCCCUUCUCCUGAUGCAGCGCAGCGACGUGUUGACGGGUUUGUCCAUCCGUCUCGGCCCUGCCCUCAAAAUCUACGAGCGCCAUGUGAAGGUGCUGCAGAGGACCCACUUCCUGGAAUAUGAAGACCUCUGAAAUGGUGAAUUCACACGACGGACAGACAAACGCUGCACUGACCCAAAACAUGCAUGCAGCGCCCGCUCCCUUAUGGAUCCUGCCACCCACCUUCACAUACAGUAUAUGUAGAGGGUGAGUGUGUGGGGAGGGAAGGCUGCGGUGGAAUUAUCUUUCACUGUGAGAAUGACCAGAAACUGAAAGACAGUCAUCCUACCUCUCAUCAAAGUCUUUUGGUUUUUCAAGUAGUUGCCAUUUCACCCGUGCGACCAUGUUACGAAGGGAACAGACCGCUGCAAUCCGAGUGAGUUUGAAAGUGGAGGAGCAGUGACCUUCCUGCCAGAGCAGAAGACGGGUAAAGCGGCCGGCGAAGAGGAGUCAACCUUGCACCAAGUGCACCACCUAUGCGCUUAUAUACUCGCACAGACAAGACUGCAAAGUGCCGUAGCAUCGGUUGUUGAUGCGGUUUUGGGGUCACAAGAAAAUGUUGGUUUGUUGCGAUCAUGAAAUUUCUCCCUGUGUCCUCCCUCGAUCUAUUAGGUUACGUUUGUAACUCGCACAGAUAAACGCAAAAGCACAUCUGUUGUGCGUUUUCUUUUACUCAUAUGAUGAGUUUACUUAAAUGGCAUCAACGUGCUUGGGGAGUGGGGGGGGGGAGUCAGACUAUCUACAUAUCUGCUUCACAAGUCAACAGAGUCGGAUUCCUGACUCAUGUCACCAAUAGCUGCUGAUGUUGGAUGGUGUGUCUCUGUAACACUGAGACAUGACCAACAUGAUAUUCUACUACUUGCUGGCAAGGCAAUAUGUUGUUGUUUUUCUUAUAUAGAAAUGAAUGUGGUCCAAUUUAAUAUAGCUGCAUUCUGGGAACAAUUUCCGACAGACGGGACCAGUCCACGUGCUGACUAAUGGAGUUUUCUUUUAUACAUGAGCAAAAUAAAGUAACAUGCGGGAAAUGUAAUUGUUGUACUGAAGAUAUUGUUUUAAAUUCAGUGCAGCUGCUCAGCGCCUGUUUACGGAGCGGAAAGCUUGAUCAAAUGCAAUAUUAUUUUAUGGUAUCAUCCGUGUAUGACAUUGUCCAGUGUCCCUGUGUUUUGAUCGAAGCCAGCCACUUGAAUUUGUAACAUUCCAUAUGAUGUAGUCUACAUAUCCAAAUGUAUCUCCUCCCAUUUUUGUCUGUAACACUGACACUUCUUCCGGAGUCGCAAAAUAAAGCUCGGGUCUCUCUGUUCAGCCA